AUGGCGUUUUCUUGGGGAGGCGGCCUGGGAGCCCGGCAUCUGCUGUUCUCGCUUCUGCUCCACACAGCCUGGGAGCUGGGGAGCGGCCAGGUCCAUUACUCCGUGCUGGAGGAAGCGAAACACGGUACGUUCGUGGGGCGAAUCGCGCAGGAUCUGGGUCUGGAGGUCGCGGAGCUGGUGACGAGGCUGUUCCGGAUGGUGUCCAAGGGCAGCAGAGACUAUUUGGAGGUAAAUGCUCAAAAUGGCAUUUUGUUUGUGAAUUCGCGGAUCGACCGAGAGGAGCUGUGUGGCCCCAAUCCUGUUUGUAGCAUCCACCUGGAGGUGAUCGUGGAGAAACCGCUGCAGGUUUUCCAUGUGGAGGUGGAGAUCAAGGACAUUAAUGACAACCCGCCUGUGUUCUUGGUUAAGCAACAAAAAUUAUUCAUUUUAGAAUCCAGGAUUGCAGAUUCUAGAUUCCCACUAGAGGGCGCAUCUGAUGAGGAUAUCGGAGCUAACGCAGAAUUGUUAUACAAGCUGUCUGGAAAUGAGUAUUUUACUUUGGAUAUACAUGCAAAUGAGGCAGAUACUAAAUCCGUAGAGUUAGUUUUGAAGAAAUCUUUAGACAGAGAAGAAACUCCUGAACACAAUUUAUUAUUGACGGCCACAGAUCAAGGCAAACCAGAACUAACGGGAACAGCACAGCUGCUGAUCACUGUGCUGGACGCAAACGAUAACGCCCCAACAUUCGAUAAAUCCAUCUACAAUGUUAGAUUACUCGAAAAUAUUCCUAAUGGGACGCUAGUGAUCAGACUGAACGCCUCUGAUGCAGAUGAAGGAGUAAAUAAAGAGAUAGAAUAUCACUUUGGAAGUCUUGUUCUAGCCGAUGUAAGAUCGAAAUUCAACAUCGAUAGUAAUACAGGAGAAAUAAGAGUAAACGGAAAUCUGGAUUAUGAAGAAUGUAAUUUAUAUGAAAUCAAGGUUGAGGCUGUUGAUAGAAGUUCUUUUCCGUUAACAGGCCAUUGCAAAGUUGUGGUAAAGUUACUAGACAUUAAUGAUAACGCCCCCCAGGUGUCUGUGACUUCCUUGUCUCUGCCAGUCCCGGAGGACGCCCAGCCAGGUACAGUCAUUGCCCUCAUCAGUGUUUUUGACAGAGAUUCAGGUGCCAAUGGGCAAGUGACUUGCUCCCUGUCACCCCCGGGGCCCUUUACUCUGGUGUCCACCUUCAGAAAUUACUACUCGCUGGUGCUUGAUAGUCCUGUUGACCGUGAGAGCGUAGAGGCCUAUCAACUAGUGGUGACUGCGAGGGACGGCGGGACGCCAGCGCUUUGGGCCACGGCCAGUGUGUCUGUGGGCAUUGGCGACGUAAACGACAACUCACCUUCCUUCGAGCAAAAUGUGUACACAGUGUUUGUGAAGGAGAACAACCCACCGGGCUGUCACAUUUUCACGGUGUCAGCCUCUGAUCCCGAUGCACAAGAGAACGCACUGGUGUCCUAUUCGCUGGUGGAGCGGCGUGUAGGGGAGCGUCCGCUGUCUAGCUACGUGUCUGUACACUCGGAGAGCGGGAAAGUGUAUGCCUUGCAGCCCCUGGACCACGAGGAGCUGGAGCUGCUGCAGUUCCAGGUGAGCGCCCGGGACGCAGGCUUCCCUCCUCUGGGCAGCAACGUGAGCCUGCAGGUGUUUGUGCUGGACGAGAACGACAACGCCCCAGCCGUACUGCCGCCUCAUGCUGGCAUUAGUUCAGUGACAGAGCUGGUGUCACAGUCUGUGGUUGUAGGCCACGUAGUGGCGAAGAUCCGAGCUGUGGAUGCGGAUUCAGGCUACAAUGCCUGGCUGUCCUAUGAGCUGUUGCCAGAGGUAGGCCUUGGGCGCAGCCCUUUUCGCGUGGGUCUGUACACUGGCGAGAUUAGCACCACGCGGGCCCUAGAGGAUUCGGAUGCAUCGAGGCAGACCCUACUGGUAUUAGUGAAGGACCACGGGAAGCCUGUGUUGUCAGCCACAGCAACUGUGAGUCUGUCACUGGUGGAGAACGGGCAGGCAUUCAAAACUUCAUCUAGUGCUUCUGGUGUCCUUGGAAAGGCUGGUAUGGAAAAGGAGACAGCGCUGAUGGAUGUGAAUAUUUAUCUGAUCAUCGCCAUCUGCUCGGUGUCUAGUUUAUUGGUGCUGAGUCUGCUGCUUUAUGUAGCUCUGCGAUGCUCAGUGCCGCCGAAGGGUGUGUGUGGUCCUAGGAAGCCCAUGCUGGUAUGUUCCAGCGAGGUGGGGAGCUUGUCUUAUUCUCAGCAGCGGCGGCAGAGGUGUGUUCCUGGGAUGGGGUGACCAAGAAUGAUCUCAUGGCCUUCAGCCCCAAUUUCCCCCAGCCUCCUGGUUCUAGGGAAGGAGGUCAAACCCAGGAAGUUGUGA